UCACAUCCGUACACACACACACACACACACACACACACACACACACACACACACACACACACACACACACACACACACACACAGAAAGAGAGAUAUUUCGUCCUCGAGGUGAGUCAAAGCUGAAGGAGGAAGCAGGAUGUCAUGACAGAGGGUUGGUACUAUGGCACUGUGUCUGUCUCUGCCCUGAGUAAGGGCCAUUACUGCCACCGAGGAUUGUGGGAAAUGGCCCACGAUGUGUUGCUGUUAAUCUUGGCACUGACAGCCUGUCUGACUGAACCUGCUCACUGUGAGGAGAUCGAUGGAUCUGGAGUUCCAAAAACAGAAACACAAAGCACCAGUAUCUCAACAACCAUAACAAACACUCCUCCUGUGACCAGUGUAACAUGGAGCAGCACCCUCACAGUCGAUGUCCAGAAUGGAGGGGAUUCCAAAGGUGCUGAAACACUUGCACAGGUUACUGGGACGCAGAAUUUCGAUGACCAGGACAAAGAGGAUUCCGAAGAUGCUGAAACACUUGCACAGGUUACUCUGACGCAGAAUUCUGAUGACCAGGACAAAGAGGAUUCCGAAGAUGCUGAAACACUUGCACAGGUUACUCUGACGCAGAAUUCCGAUGACCAGGACAAAGAGGAUUCCGAAGAUGCUGAAACACUUGCACAGGUUACUCUGACGCAGAAUUCCAUGCGAAAUAAUACAAGUCCUGAUAAUACAACCACAGAUAAGAAGCACAAGUCUGCAUCCGAAAGUUCUGAAUCUCACACUACAGAUGUUGAAGGGCAGAAUAACAGCACACAGGAUGAGGACGAGACGGAUAUACAAGACACAGGGAUGACGUUCCCGAUCAUCGCAGCAUGUCUGACCAUCAUUCUGAUCCUGGUAGUCGCUGCAGUCGGAUUAGUGAUCGUAUGUAGGAGGAGGAAAAGAAACACUGCCGACCCUGAGAAAGAUGAUCCGUAUCUGAAUGAUGACUUUGGAGAGAAAGUGCCGAUGCCCAUGUUUGAAGACGACAUGCCCUCUGUGAUGGAGUUGGAGAUGGAGGAUUUGGAGAAAUGGAUGAUAAAAAGAGGGAGCGACAUCAGUGUGGAGUCAAAAUAGAGGCAUCCUUCAUGAUCACACUGCUGUAAUUGCCGUUGGACUCGGAUAGAAAGAGUGAGAGAGUGAGAGAGAUGGAGCACUCAGCAUCCUAUCAUGCUACAGUAGUAGCAUUUUUCCUGUGAACACACACACACACACACACACUUCAUCACCUUCUUUGAUUUUUAUAUUAGAAAGAUUUCAUAUUUACAACCGAAUAAAAAAUUUAAUUUUGACAUAUCACUGUUGUUUUGAAGCUUAAUGAGAACACACACACACACACACACACACACACACACACACACACACACACACACACACACACACACACACACAC